AUGCGUGACACGUCGUUUCAAAUAAAUGGCAGGGUGGACUUGGACGAAUUGUGGCGCUGGGCCGAGGACGAGUUGGAAUCGUUAUGGGAACAGGAGAAAGCCAUCGUGGCAUCACUGCCGGAGAAACACCGACAUGUCCUCUAUUCGCGACUCAGUCUCGUCUAUCUGCGCUACAUUGUCGUCGCCCGGAAGCUGGACGUCUGCUUUCGCAACAUGUUGCACGUCCAGAAGCGACGCGAUAUCAGCACCAUCAUAAGGGCCGUCCUGGGCCGAGUGGUCGAGCUGAAAAACGAAUUGGCCACACUGGAAUUUAACGAAACGCCAUUCAUCGGAGUCGCACUGGCCCAAUUGAAAAUGUCCCCCGAACAAACUGAUCCGCCGUUGACGCUGUUCGUCAAUGGAGAUCGAGACGGAAACGCUUCCGUCCGUUCGGCUAGCGAAACGGACCGCAAACAGCUGGUCCAGCGAGUGCUGCUCAAGUCGGAGCGCAAUCCGCGUCGACAACUGAGCGCCGACAGCGCGUCCAUGACGUGGGAUGAAGCCGUGGCUCUGAUUCAAAUUCACGAACGAGCUCGUCAGGGCCGCCUGCGUUUCAACUUGAUGAAGCAAAUCCGCCAGCAGAAAAUGGUGACCGGGCGCGGCUUGCAUAAGCUCAAACCCGCUAUGAACACCUACACGGCCGCCAUCAAAAUCCAAAACGCCUGGCGCAGCUUCUUAGCGCUCAAACGCGUCCGUCAAAUGCGCCAUCAAGAAAUGGUGUUCCUCGGAAUGGUCCCCAAGAACUACAAAGAGAAUCCGGAGAUCACGCGAGCGAAAGAACUGGAGACAAUGCGAACGCUGAAGCAAACGGAACUCGAAGCGCAAUAUCAAAUCGAGUUGGCAACGCUUCGCGAUCGCCAAAGAGACAAAGAUGGAGUGGCCAUCAGAGAAAGUUUCUUAGAGCAAAUUCGACGCUGGUACAUCGAUCAUCGCGAGCAAAGCGGCAAAUUUCCUGACCUUCCAGCAGAGGAGGAAGGAGGAUCCAAACUCAUUUACAAUACGGCCGACCGGCCCGUCGAAACGCCCGUCCCCGUCGUGGUGAAAAAAAAAGUAACAGCACCGCCUAUGGCUAAGACAUCGAGCAGCAUGAAACGGGCAGAAGAGGACAGGCCAAAAGGUGUCGACAUGACACCGUCGCAAUGGCUGGAAAAAAUCGUCCACGAAAAUCAGAAAUAUUACGACGUUUGGAGGGAUCGUGCGGAGACGGGUGGGAUCGGAUGGGACCUGGAGCUUCUCAGGGCGCAAGUAUCUGAAGAGUUGGACGACGAGAUGCGACUUGAAGCGGAUAUCCAGGCUCGCUACGAGCUGGAUCGUUUGAAAUCGGCUUACGAUCGCGACCGCGGGCGCAAGAGCAAAGGUAAGAGGAAGACGGCCCGAAAAGCGGCCAAGAAAUCCAAGAGAGGUCGCAAAGAGAAGGAUCUGACUCCCGACCGAACGCUCGAGUCUCUUGUGGAAGAGCUGGUCCAAGUCGGCAUCAUCCGCUCCUAUCCGAAAGCAAACAUUCAAGAUUUCCUGGGUUCUGUCUCUGUUGUCGAUCCACUCAGUCGGAAAUGGAAGCGCGACACAUUUCCCGGACUGGGAGACAUCCGCUGCGCUUUGAUCGAGUAUUGCAUUCUAACCCUUGGAUCGGAAGAGAUCCGGAAGAGGACGCCAUUGACUCGUUCCGUCUUGUUAGCCGGACCGCAUGGUUCGGGUAAAAGCUUUUUAAUGCACGCUAUAUGUAACCACACUGGUGCCACUUUAUUCGACAUGAGCAACUCUUCGUUGAUGGGCCGCUAUCCGGGGAAGGCCGGCAUGACCAUGCUUAUCCAUUUGAUCACUAAAGUUUCUAGACUGUUGCAACCAUCCGUAAUCGUUAUCGAAGACGUCGACCGUCUAUUUAUGAAGAAAUCGGUGCGCAUGGAACGAUGGGACAUGCGCCGUAUGAGGAAGGAAUUGCCAAAGAUUUUGAGAGCCAUCGGACCUGAGGAUCGCGUCCUCCUUGUCGGAACUUCGUCCACUCCGUGGGAAUGCGAUCAACGAAAUUUGUCGCAAGUGUUCCAGCGGAUGAUUGGCAUACCCCCACCGGAUUACGGCACCCGUUUUACCAUGUGGGACUAUUUUAUCCGUCAAGCGACGCGCUCAUGUCAAUACACAACGACUCCUGCGGAAUUGACGAAUCUGGCACGGAUUUCCGACUCGUACACGCCCGGCUCCAUUGCACGAUCAGUUUCUGAAAUAUUGAGCGAACGACGGAAACAGCUGUUGCCACGUCAGAUGCUGAAAGCGGACGAGUUCGUGUCGGCGCUGGCCCGCUGCGAACCCAUUUACAAGGAGGAUGAAGAGAAUUUGAGAAUGUGGUACGCCAAAACGCCUUGUCGACGGAAGCGCCACCGCAACGCCGAAACCGAAGAGGACGAGUUCUUGGCCGGCAACAGCAACGUCAAGGAGAAGAAGAAAAAGAAAAAGAAGAAAAAGGGAUCGAAAAAAAUGGGCGUCAAAUCUUCCAAGGUCAAGAAGAAGAGCAAAUAACUUUAAACGUGUUCUACCUCCAACUUCAAAAACGAGGGGAAUGGCUCGAAAAAACAAAAGCAAAAACUAUACCCUCGAUUGAUAUUUAUGCAAAUUCAGUAAAGAAAAACAAAUUCAUCUUUUGUUUUGUUUGCUCACCCUGCCUUUUCGUUGUCGACCAAAGGUCGCAUAUGGUCAUUCGUCACACACUUGUGUUCAAACUCUCGACGACUGUGGAUGGAUACUUUGUUAAUGUCAUUCAUAGACACUUUGGAUUUCAAUACAGAUUUACUUUAAUUUAA